UCCCUCUCGGAUACCGUAGCAAGCGGACGCGUCCCAAUACUCCGCGCACAUUUAAUUUAUGUAAAAAUAUUUAUCUUAAAUCUCAUUGGUCGCGGUAAUUACUUUGCCUUAUAGCCAGUGCAGUGUCCCUCUCGUAAUCUAAACCGUGCGCGCAGUCAAAACGAGACAAGUGUAUAUCCGCGAGACAGACUCACGCAACGGAGCUAUCGGCUACGCGCUGCUACGAAAUUGCUACGAGGUGCUACGCAGCGCUUAAGUACUUCGUUAUAAUACAAUACAACACUUAUAACUAUCACAAUAUUUAAUGAAGGACAUGUCAUCACUGAUCCGGACACCACAAAAUUCCCUGCCAUCUGAAACGCAGUCUAACCCAGAUCUUACUGUGAUGUCGGACUCGGAAAAGUCGGAAGCCAGUGGAACAUCAAGAAAGAGAAAAGACCGUGAUUAUUGUCUCUCCUCCCAAAUGGAAUCACUACUUACAAUGUUUCAAGACUUAAAACAAGAACAAGCUACGAGCUUCGCUAAUAUGGAAAGCAAUAUCGCCCAAGUUAAGAAGCAAAACGACAGUGCAUUCUCUAUGCUGAAUGACAUACGUGCACAACAAACUCAAUUACAAGGCCGUAUAGAAACUCUUGAAAUUAAAGAACAGGCUACUACAUCGGCUGUGGACAACAUGGGCCGCCAAGCAGAAUCGCUUCAGAGAAAACUAUUAGAAACCAGUGUAGAAAUACGUAAUAUCCCCACCGAAAACACCCAAGAGGCCAUCGCCGUCGUUGAGAAAAUACACACGGCUCUGAACUUGGAUUACAAUAAAUGUUUUAUUCGUUCUCUGUUUCGUGCGCGCGGCAAACAAAAUGAGCCAAGGCCUAUAGUGGUUGAAUUUUGUACUGUGUCACAAAAAACUGACCUACUUAGGGCAAUCAAGAAUUUUAAUGCUGCUAAUAAAACUGACAAAUUCAAUACAGGCCACUUUGACUGCCAACCUAAAAACACUGUGUUUAUAAAUGAGCGGCUCACACCCAAAUGUAGUCAACUACGGUUCCUGGCGAGAUCUGGUGUAAAAAGAGGUGACUUCAACUCCUCGUGGACCUCCGGAGGAAGACUGUUCGUGAGAAAACAAGAGGGCCAGCCAGCUGUUGAAAUCACGGACCCCAAACAGCUGGAAAACACUCAAGCAUGACGGCCA